ACUGACAUGAGAAUCAGAGAAACAAAACAAAACAACUGCACUAUUUUGUGUUUAAUUUAACAAUUUACUUAUUUUCCAGUGUAAUUUUGUGGUUGUUGCGCAUGCAUAUUACUUUGUAUGCUGGGCAGUAACGAUAUUAUUGAAUCAUACAUUCACGUACCUAUUUAAAAUGCCGAGUCAAUAUGAAGAUGAACGCAACAACUGGGAAGGCCCUCAUCCAAGCCAUUAUGAGGAAGAAGGAGGUGAAGAUGUUAUUGAAAAUCCUGAAGAAGUAUUACAAGAGUGCUUGGAAAAGUUCAAAACUCCUGAUUACAUCAUGGAACCUGGUAUAUUUGGACAACUGAAACGAUAUUUCCAGGCUGGCGGGAACCCCGAACAAGUUAUUGAGCAAUUAUCCAUCAAUUACAGUGCUGUAGCUCAGAUGGCUAACUUGCUAGCUGAAUGGCUCAUUCUUGGAGGUGUGAAAGUUACAGAAGUUCAAGCCAUGGUUGAAAAUCACUUAAAGGAUAUGAUCUUAAAAACAUUUGACCCCAAAAAAGCUGAUACAAUUUUCACAGAGGAAGGAGAAACUCCAGCCUGGCUGACUGAAAUGAUAGAGCACCCAACUUGGCGAUCUCUUAUCUACCGACUUGCAGAGGAGUACCCUGAUUGUCUCAUGUUGAAUUUCACUAUAAAGUUGAUUUCUGAUGCUGGUUUCCAAGGAGAGAUUACAAGCAUAUCAACAGCCGCCCAACAAAUAGAAGUAUUUUCUAGAGUCCUAAAAUCUUCUAUAAUCGGGUUCCUUCAAAGUUCAGAAGAUUGGCAGAGUAGUGUUAACGAAUGUGCUAAAAUGGUCUGCCACGGAGCACACACCUACGUGUACAGCCAAGUGAUUGUGCACAUACUCUCCCAGGAACCCAGAGGAGGAAUCAUCAUGAGGAGACUCAGCCAAGAAAUAACCAAAUGUGCACAACAAAGCGGGCACGACGUGACGCCCAUCACACUGGCGCUAACAGGCGGCGAGCAGUGGCGCGGCGCGCGCACGGCGCUGGCGGCCAUGUUGUCCCGCGGCGCGCUCAACCCGGCCGACAUCUCGCUGCUGUACCGCGCGUACACGCAGCCCGACCCGCCGCCCGUGCACCUGCUGAGGAUACCGAGGUUCCUUGAGCUGCUGGUGGACUCUCUCUUCAAGUCGAACACGAAGCUGAACCCGGAGCACAAGUCCAAGUACAUGUUCCUGCUGGCGUACGCGGCGUGCGUGUGCGAGGGCCGCGGCGCGCCGAGACCGCCCAAGGACGAGCUCAAGUCCACCGUGCAGGCUAUUGAGAAGGUGCACGUCGUGGUGUGCAGCUCGGCCAGCUCCAGCGAGCUCAUCGCCGAGCUGCCCACGCUCUACCACUGCAUCCGCUUCCCAGUCGUAGGCAUGGGCGUACUAGUCUGGGUGGAAUGCGUCACCACGGAACCUUCCUACUUCAAGCUGAGCACGGAGCACUGCCCGCUGCACCUGGCGCUGCUGGACGAGGUCGCGUCGUGCCACCCGCUGCUGCACCGCCGGCUGCUGCGCCUGCUGGUGCGCCUGUUCGAGUCCAGCCAGGACGACCUGGAGAUACUGGUGCAGUUGGAGCUGCGUAAGAUGCUGCUGGACCGCAUGGUGAACCUGCUGAGCCGCGGCUGCGUGGUGCCCGUGCUGCGCUACGUCAAGAUGUGCUGGAUGCGCGGCGACACCGACAUCUCGCUCAUACGAUACUUCAUCACAGAGGUACUAGACGCCAUAGCGCCGCCCUACACGCCCGAGUUCGUGCAGCUGGUGCUGCCCAUGGUGGAGAACGAGGAGAUCACGGGCACCAUGCGCGCCGAGGGCGAGAACGACCCCGUGUCCGAGUUCAUAGUUCACUGCAAGGCUCACUAUGUCGUGGUUUGAAGAGGAAAUAAGACUUUAUGAAAAUGAUCUACUGAAAGAUUUAAGACAACGUGUUUGUAAACAUGCAUGUAGAAUUAAUAAAACAAUCAUAUUAGUUAAA